AUGGACGCCUUCAACACCACUGCAAACGAUGUCCUGACAAUAGAAAGAUCCGUCCCCCAUACGGUCCUACCGGAACAAGACACGCCGGGGGGUUCCAUCUUCUUGAGUAGCAUUGAUAAUGCGGCUUUGACCAUCAUAUCGACUGUUUAUGCUUUUGAUAGGAGUGAUGCGAAUGUGAAGUUAGGAGUCCAAUUUGUGGAGGCAUCGGCUGAUUGUCGUAUCGAAAACCUGGGCAGUAUACAAAUUAUUGAUCCUGAUCUUGCAGGAAAGCUUGUUUACAGAGACCCUACUGAAAAUAUGCUGGAAGAUGGACCCCUUUUAACGGUACAGGUAACAAAGUUUAAAUGUGGAGGUUUCACUUUAGGAAUGGCAAUUCACCACUGCAUGGUUGACGGUGUUGGCGCAAUUAAUUUCAUGAACUCAUGGGCUGAGUUAGCAAGGGGCAAAUCAUUAUUCCUUAUCCCUUAUCAUGAUAGAACCAUUUUGAAGUCAAGGGUGCCACCUCAGAUCAGAGGUCCUUAUGACGACUUUGUUCGCGUGAGUGACGUAUCAGACAUCACGGCCUCAUUUGAGAGAGAGCAAAUCGUAUAUAAAUCUUUCCACUUUGACGCUGACAAGCUGGAGACCCUAAAGAAGAUGAUAACCACCGGUGGACAGGAAAUGAGCAGCUGCUCCAACUUUGUCGCGCUCGCGGCUUUAGUAUGGCGGGCUCGAAGCAUGGCACUCAAGAUGAAACCGCACCAACUAUCGAAACUUCUCAUAGCGUUCGAUUUCCGAUUGAAGCUAAGAACAUCGGUGCCCGAAGGAUAUUUUGGGAAUGCCUUACUCGCACCUUCCUGUCUUUGCACAGCCGGAGAGUUGAUCGACCAGCCGAUCUCUUCCGCUACGGGAAAAAUAAAUAAGGCAAUCGAGAGGGUGACUGAGGACUACGUGCGGUCAUCAAUCGACUUCUUCGACACGUAUCAUUAUGAUCCUUACUCAGUGAGCUCACUGUUGAUAAGUUCAUGGUUGAGGCUGGAUUAUAGCUGCAUAGACUUCGGAUGGGGAGGGCCAAGGCAGCUCGGCACCGGCAACCCGCUAUUGAAUCUCUGCUUGUUUAUGAGGGACGAGAGUAAGAAUAAGAAGGGCACUGUGGUGGCGUUGGGUUUGCCACUCUCGGCCAUGAACACGUUUGAAGAGUUGGUUCGUAUAUAAACUCAUUGCCACAGAUUGAACACCUCCAAGAGAGCUCACUUAUCAUUCCAAUAAUGCAAUUUUUUUUUUUUUUGGAUAAGCCUAAAAACUGCUGCUUAUAUGUUCACCGUUUAAUUAUGACCACGGUUUGCUUUUGCUUUUACUCAUUUACUAUUAUGGUACGCAGCAAGUUCCCAUUC